AUGACAGUCCUCAUAGGCCGCCCGCUCCAUUGGGCAAUUACAGCUGCAGCCGGUUCCGGCUUCCUUCUGUUCGGAUAUGACCAGGGUGUCAUGUCAGGGCUGUUGACGGGCCAAGCCUUCACAGCUCAAUUCCCUGAAAUCGAUACCAACGAGGGCUCCAACGGUAGCGCGUCUCUACAGGGAACUGUUGUCGCCAUCUACGAAAUCGGAUGCUUCUUCGGCUCCAUCCUCGCCCUCGUCUUCGGAGAAAAGCUGGGAAGAAGGAUGACAAUUCUGAUCGGUUGUGCUAUACUGUGUGUUGGUGGAGCACUCCAGGCUUCUGCAUAUUCUAUCCCGCAUCUCAUCGUAGGGCGAAUCGUGGCAGGUCUGGGAAAUGGAAUGAACACGAGUACCAUACCCGUGUGGCAUUCUGAGUUGAUGCAGGCAGACAAGCGUGGAAAAGGGCUUAGCAUCGAGCUUGCCAUCAAUAUUUUCGGCGUCAUGACUGCUUACUGGGUCGAUUAUGGAAUGUCGUAUGUCAACAACCAUGCGCAAUUCCGCUUCCCGUUAGGUUUGCAAUGUGUUUUCGCUCUUGUUACAAUUGCCCUCAUGCUUGUUUUGCCUGAGUCCCCACGAUGGCUUAUUGCGCAAGAUCGACACGACGAAGCACGAAACAUCCUCCUGGCCCUACUCCCGAAGAACAAACCCGAUGAGGACUUUGUCCAUAGAGAGAUGUCAGAGAUCCAGCACGCUAUCGAUGAGGAGAGAGAGGCAGCCCACGGAAGCUCCUACAAGGCUUUGUUUACGAAUGGGCCACAAAAGUUCUUUUAUCGAACAAUGUUAGGCAUAGGAGGCCAAUUCAUGCAACAACUCUCGGGUAUCAACUUGAUCACCUACUACGCUCCUGUCAUCUUCCAGCAGUCUGUCGGGCUGUCGCACAAUAUGUCCAUGCUGCUCGCGGGAUUUAACGGCGUGGCAUAUUUUCUAAGCUCACUUAUUCCAAUCUGGGUCAUCGAUAGACUCGGAAGGCGUAAGCUUAUGCUUUUCGCUGCAGCUGGUCAGGGUUGCUGCAUGGCCAUCUUGGCCGGAACCGUGUCUGAUGGCUCAGCAACCUCCGUUCCUGCCGAGUAUGCCCCGCUGGCGAUUCGCCAGAGAGCUGCUGCGCUUGCAUCGGCAUCGAACUGGAUCUUUACAUUCCUGGUGGUCGAGAUCACACCAGUUAGUAUCGGUAAUAUCGGCUACCGUACAUACAUCUAUUUCUGCAUCUUUAACUUCUGCUUCCUGCCCCUGAUCUACUUCUUCUAUCCCGAAACGCGGAACCUAACCUUGGAGCAAAUCGACAAGUUGUUCACUGGCGGGAAGGUUAUGCUCCACUGGACGCCGUCUAUGGGCGAGAUUGGCGACCCAAGCGAGGUCAAGGACGGUAUUGUAGAACAACACGUCGAAAAACAAAUUGCCUAG